AAUAUUUCUCUCCGCCCGCUUCAGGGUCCUGUUCUCUCAUCUUCACCUUUUUUGCACAAUGAGUAGUUACUAUUUAUAAUAGCUUUGACCGCGAAAUCUAUUAUCCCGACGUCAACCCCGCGUUCAGAAUUUCACCUUUUCCUCCCUCUUCCCCCCUUCGGCCGCGAACAAAAAUUCCCCCUUCAUGACCAUCCGCUUUCACUUCCACACCAGAGGUUUCUCAGCUAUAAUGAAUCACAACCGAAAUAUAGAAGGCGUUUUCGCCGUUCAUAAACCCCCUGGCAUAUCCUCCGCCGAAGUUCUCCGCAACCUACAACAGCACUUCACUCCCUCUCAGUUCUUCCAGCCAUGGAUCGAAACUGAGCGCAGCCGGCGACAUGCAGGGAACAAACGCCAAGGCCGCAGAUGGCGCGACAAGCGUCUACAGGUUAAACUGGGGCACGGGGGAACCCUUGACCCCAUGGCGACGGGUGUACUAAUCACAGGUGUCGGCAAAGGCACAAAGGAACUGAAUAACUUCUUGGCGUGCACCAAGUCAUACGAGACUGUGGUACUAUUUGGCGCUGCGACGGAUACGUACGACCGUGUCGGUAAGGUGGUGAGUCGGGCGCCGUACGGGCAUAUUACGCGCGAAAAGGUGGAGAAGGCGCUGGAGGGUUUCAGAGGCAAGAUCAUGCAGCGGCCGUCGAUAUUUUCAGCGCUGAAGGUACAGGGGAAGAAAUUGUAUGAGUAUGCGCGGGAGGGGCUUGAGCCACCUGUGGAAAUUUUGAAGAGGCCUGUUGAAGUGACGAAUUUGGAGAUCCUGGAUUGGUAUGAAGGUGGCACGCAUGAUUAUGCCUGGCCGACGGAAGAGGCGAGUAGCACGGAGAAAUCUGUCGCGCAGAAGAUGCUGUCUAAAAGCCCAACAUCAUCUGCGCUCCCGACUACUGAUACGACAACGUCUGCUCCCACCCCUCCUACUGCCGAAGGACAAGCACAGCAGAAUACCACCGCACAGCCAGAGGGGGAAUCACAAGGUAUCAAGAGAAAGCUCUCCACACCUCCAGCGCCAGAAGCAGAAGAAAAAACACCUCCGUCACCGAAACGCCAAAAGCCCACCACCGAUAACACCGUCGACGCCUCCAUUACCCGAGACCCUUCGCCCGCCGCUGACCCCACUGCAUCCAAUGCCGCCUCGACCGCUUCCACUUCCACUUCCACACCACCUCCUCAACCCCCCGCAGUAAGGCUCACCAUGACUGUCUCAUCCGGCUUCUACGUCCGCUCCCUCGCCCACGACCUCGGUUUGGCCCUAGGCAGCAACGCGAUGAUGUCAUUGCUGGUGCGCACGCGCCAAGGCGAUUUCACACUCGAGCCGGAGAAGGUGUUGGAGUAUAGCGAUUUGGAGGCGGGGGAGGAGGUGUGGGGCCCCAAGUUACAAGGCUUUUUGGAUGAGUGGGCGGAGAGGAAUGGAGAGAGGUAUGGGGAGAAGAAGGGGAAUGGCGCAAGCGAGGGUAGGAAGGAGGGUUCUAAUGAGGAGGAGAGGUAGAGAGAGGUGGUUGAUGUAGAAGAGGAAACUCGAAGUGAUUGAAUGACUGUUUGCUUUAUCAAGGGUUUUUACUACGUUCCCGGGACCUUACCCCCCUUCAUAAUCUAGGGGUGUCUCGGAGCGCUGGCUUGGUAAAAACUUUCUCCAUUUUUACUUCCUGUUGAUAUAGACAUUGUAUGUACAAAUAUGCGUGAACUUUUCCCCACUUCUUCUGAUGUGAAAUAAGUAUAUUUCCCCCGAUUGUUAACAAUUAUCUCUUUUUAUCAUUCUAAAAUCAGAUGCCGAGAAGGAAGAACGGAGUAGAGAAGAAAUGUCGAAUCUGGCCACCGUAGAAUUGCGCUAAUUUACAGAUUAAACAAUAUAUCGUCCAAAUUUAAAAUCUCCAUCUCUUUGCAGCCGGGUACUAAAACCCAGGAUGGGUCACUUCCUACGGGGGAAUUCUAUGGCGGGCAUGGUAACUAGCCGAUGGCUUCCAAGGUGAAAUGAAAGUAAGGGGUUCAGCUAUGGAGAAGAAAAAAAAUGGAGGGGGAUGUAUUGUUAGAUAGUAGAAGUUAAGUGGUGGAAUAUGCGACUAGGAAGCUAAUAUAACAAUAGAAAUUGAAGAAUAAGUUUGUAAAAUGGUAAAAAUGGAAACGAUG